CAAUAUAAAAGACUCGGUGGAAGAGCUUCUCCAACAAGAUAGCGAAACACGUGUAUUCCGUUCGUAUCAGUGAUUUACAAUACAGUGCACUGCCAUGGAUUUUAAGCCAAUUUUUGUGUUGAGCGCCAUGAUGGCGGCAGCAUCAGCUCAGUACUACGCAGCGGCCCCCGCAGUUUACCACGCGCCGGCUCCGAUCAGGUAUGCCGCCCCCGCAGUCUACGCCGCCCCCGCGCCUGUCAGGGUGGCCUACGCCCCCGCCCCCGUCAUAGCCAAAGUCGCCCCCGUGGCCAAGGUCGUCGCCCCUGCCGCGCCUGCUGUCGACACCGACUACGACCCUAACCCGUCCUACAGCUAUUCUUACGAUGUCAAGGACACCAUCACAGGUGACGACAAGAGCCAGCAGGAGUCCCGGCAAGGCGACGUUGUGCAGGGAAGCUACAGCUUGACCGAGCCUGACGGCAGCCGGAGGACGGUCGAGUACACGGCCGACCCGGUCAACGGAUUCAACGCCGUCGUCCACAAGGACGCGCCCGCCGUCGCCCCUGCCGUCGUCAAAGCCGCCCCCGCCGCCGUCUACGCCCCUCCCGUAGUCAAAUACGCCGCCCCUCUCGCCACCGCCGCCCCCGUCGCCUACUACCACUAACUCAACGCCACCUGAGCCAAUGAUUCGCGGCCAUGGCCCACCAACUAUGGCCAUUUCUGCCGUACUAAGGAAAAACGCCGUAUGGACAAUCGAGAGUUGCCAAGUUUCUUCCGAUAAAACAUUCAUUUCAUAGGAAAUUGCGGAUAUUUUUCCUUCACAGAAA